AUGCCGCGAUGGUGGGUGCCUCAGCCACAUAACCGCGACGGCAUCGCCGAGGACUCUCUCGGCCAACCCGCGGUUGGAAUCCUGUGUGAACGCACCGGAGGGGAGAGGGUGCAUACGGAUCCGAGAUCCGGACGCGAGCUUGGACGCGUGAAGAACUGCGCCACAGCGCAGCCGCAAGAUACUGACAGCAGGGUGCAGCUGCGCGUCCGAUCAUCAGCCCUAGGAACCAUCGCCGAGGAGGCCUCGACUGUGUUUGUCUGCCGCUGAAAUCCUUCAUCUCAUCGUCUGUGGCCGGGAAAGUGACCGAACUGGACCCUGGCGGUAAACUUGUAAAACCUGCCUGUCCGAGUCAGAUGCUUGAAGAAACCGGCGCGGAAUGCGUGCCUGGAGGCAAGAUGGACCCGGUUUGCUACAUGUCCGGAUUCCAGGCAUGAUCGAUUGAGAAAUAAGCAUCGAGCUGGCAGGUGGGUGCCGUGACGGAAUGGUCCGCAGCUCGUGCAGAUGCUUUGGGCAGCUGUCAGAAACGGCGCUGAGGCUGACGAUAGCUGGAGGUGAUGGCUAAAUCUCCCUCGGAAUUGGCCGCAAGCAUAUCCGUGAGGACUAAGAGAAUAUGUGAGGCGUUUGACAGCCGCUCGACGGAGCGACUGGAAAGGGGGCAAGUUCCUUUGUGUCGAAUUGGUUUGGCGAAGGCGUGCUAUGGCGUGGAGGCGGACCAAGGGUUUGAUGGUGCAUACGUCCCGUCCACCGCCAACUGUAUGCUUCUGUACUUUGUACAGAGGUACCCAU